UCUUUCCCCUCUCUUCCCCCCAUCUUAAAAUCCCCACAAAACCCACCACCACAGAGCCACAAUCCUCCCCUCACCCGAGGCCAUUCCCGUCUUUUCACCCCCGCAUUAUGAGCACUCCGGUCAGAAAGCCCCACACGUCCACCGCGGAUCUGCUCACCUGGUCCGAGACCCCGAUUGCCGACUCCCCCGCCCUCUCCUCCUCCGCGGCCCGCUCCGCUUCGAGGCCUCACCAGCCGUCGGAUGGGAUCAGGAAAGUGGUGUUUGGCGGUCAGGUGACGGAUGAGGAGGUCGAGAGCUUGAAUAAACGAAAGCCUUGUUCAGGGUACAAGAUGAAGGAGAUGACGGGGAGUGGCAUUUUUGCUGGUGGAGCAGAUGAUGAAGCUUCAGAACCUGGCAGUGCUAAUCCUACACCAAAUAGCAAACCCGGAAUCCGACUGUACCAGCAAGCGGUUGCUGGAAUCAGUCAUAUCUCAUUUGGUGAGGAAGAGGGUGUUGCUCCUAAAAAGCCUACUACAAUUGCUGAAGUUGCAAAGCUGCGAGAGCUGAGUGGAACCUUGGAAACUGAGGCAGAGGCAGAGGCAAGGCUGAAGAAGCAGCUUUCAGACUCUAAAUAUAAGGAGCUCAGUGGGCAUGACAUAUUUGCACCUCCUCCUGAAAUUGUACCAAGGGAAACUACCGCUCCACGACAACUGGCCUUGAAAGGAAGCAUUCAAAUAGGAGAACCUACUACACCUGUAUAUGAGUCUGCUAAAGUGUCUAAACCUGGUGGGGGUCAGAUCAAUGUUAUACCAGGUGAGGAACCUGUGUCCAAGACGGCAAAGAAGAUUUAUGAGAAGAAAUUUUCUGAGCUGUCAGGAAACGAUAUAUUCAAGGGCGAUGUUCCUCCGUCCUCUGCUGAGAAACCAUUGAGUGUGGCAAAACUGCGGGAGAUGAGUGGCAGCAACAUCUUUGCCGACGGGAAGGCAGAGGCUCGAGAAUACUUGGGUGGCGUACGCAAACCUCCUGGUGGUGAGAGCAGCAUUGCCUUGGUUUAACAUGCUAGGUGGUCUAACUUGGAUAUUUUUAUCACAUGGUUUCUGGUUUUGUUCUUUUUCUUUUUAGUGGUGGAGGAUUGUUAUUAUAUAAUUUGACCUUUUCAUUGUGGAUUUUUCAUGGAGUCAUGUUUUAGGUUAUAAAUGGGGUCUGCUUAGAGCUA